UCGAGCAGGAAAAGAAAAUGUAUAGCAGAAGCACAAUAGUCUCUGAAAUUUAUCCUUUUGGAAUACAAAACCUCUGGAAAUGAUAAAUUUCACUAUCGUUGCUGCUACGGCGGACAUCUCAAUCUUCCUUUGCCCGUAGCACCGAUUUCAAUUACAGUCGUAGGCUGCUUUGCGAGCUCUGUGAUCUUCAAUCACCGUCGGCGCCGUUCAGCAUGGGACAAGCAUUAUGGACAUUCGGAGGCAAAGAAUGGAGGGAUAAGCAAUUGAGGAAGAUAACAGAUAGAAUAUUCGAUAAGUUUCAAAAGCAAACACAUAGCGAUAAGCUGCCGGCUGAAGAUCUGUACAUUGCUACGUUACUUGUAUACAAUGAAAUUAAUAAGCUGAUCCCCGGACCGCAUCGUGAUCCUCCCACGACGGAACGUGUCAAAGAACGUGUCAAAGAACUCAUACAGAAGAGCGAUAUGAACGGUGACCAAUAUAUUGACCGUGGUGAAUUUUUGCAUUUCAUACUGAGUUUGACAUCUGAGACGUUCAAAUCAGUGAGCCAGAGAUUAUCGAUCCUCACUCUGGUGGUAGCACCAACCGUCGCAGUGGUCACAAAGAAAAGUACUGAAGCCAUUCCAGGCGUUGGAAAACUCGUGCAAAAGCUUCCCGUUUCAGCUUAUGCUUUUCUCGUCACCCUUGCUGCUCUCAUCUUUCAAAAAUCUCAGCAGCAGCUUCUUGAAUGAUAAGUUCAGUCUCUGUGUCAUUCGUUCCAUCUAUAUAUAUAUUCCUUUGUUAUUUACAUAUACAUGUGAAUGUGAGCUAAUUAAUACACCAACUUUGAAUUUACUAUUUGAAGCUUUGUUUGCAUUUUGUUUCUGCGGCUGGUCAUCCUUUUCUUUCCCUUCAUGGAAGCCCCAUUCAAAUUUGAUUGGAUCA